GGUGGAGGAGCCUCAGCCGAGCCUCGUUUUCCCACGCAGAGGAAACUUUCCAUGUUGGUUUGCUUGGCGCGCUCGGAGGAGGAGGAGGAGGAGGCACCGCCGAGGGAGGAGAAGGAACCGUCCCGGGACCCCCAGGUGGGCAGGUGUUUUUCAACCAUCCGAAUUGGUCUCCUCGCCAUCUGAAGGUCUCUCCAGGCUCCGAACCCCCCAGGACGCCACACGCCCGGCUCCCUUCCACCCUCCGAGCGAGAGGCAUCUCUGCCUGGACGAGAGGCCCUAAGCGCCCCCCCUGCAAGUCCUUGGCACCCACCAGGCAGAAAGCUGGAAGCGACUCUCACCAUGAGUGACUUUUGGCACAAGCUGGGCUGCUGCGUGGUGGAGAAAGCGCAGCCGCAGAGGAAAAGACGGCGGAUCGACCGCAGCAUGAUUGGCGAGCCCAUGAACUUCGUCCACCUCACGCACAUCGGCUCCGGCGACAUGGUGAACGAGGGACUCCCCGCCGUGUCCGGAGCCGUCCAGGAAAUGCGAUCCAAAUGCGGGCGAGAACGACCUUGGAGCAAUUCCCACAUUUUAUAACAUUGAGGAGAUCCCCCCCCCCUCCGUGCUAAUGAAUUACAAAAAUAACCUUUAAAGAAAAAAAAAUGCAUCUGUGCCUCACUUGAAUUUCCUGUUUGGUCUUGUCGAAACGGGUUGCCAAACUCUAAACCAUUGAGUGAAUUAGUCACUGCAUAACUUAUCCUUUUUAAAAAAAAAAAAAAAUUGUAAGAGCAACAGCCCCGACGUCUGUCACUCUGCACAUGCCCAGUUGACUGUUUUUUUUCUUCCUGGCAUUGUUCAUUUGGCCGCGUUCCUUUGGGCACCCCCCCCCCCCCCCCCCCCCCCCGCCUUGGCGAGCAAAGCACGGACAAUUUUUGCCUGGGCAGCCUUGCAAAGAAUCGUAGGUUUUUUUUAAACCCAGAAUUGACCCACAAUGUUUCCAUGACAACAAAUAAUCGACAUGUUGAUAAACUGAAGAAGCCAUCAGACAGAAUAAAUUAUUCUUGGUGUUUUCGCCCAAGUUUCUCCACUGGACGUGGCCUGGCCACAAUGCAAGACACUGUAGGUGCCAUUAAUGGAUGCAGCUGCCAUCUUGCAGAACGAUCCCUCCAGAGGUUCUGGGUUCCUUGCAGACCCCCAGGCCGAGGCAGUGGGUGCUGAAACAGGGUGGGCAGCCUUCCUGGUGCCAGCGAAGACUUUCCAGGACGCGGAGUUCAAAAACCAACAGCAAUGUGGUGCCUAUGAUUUGUUGUUUUUAUUAUUAUUAUUAUUAUUAUUCUGGUUGGUUGCAUAGUCAGCCAGAUGUUCAGACUGGAUUUGGUGGGCGUUUUUGUUUUUUUUUGGUCUACCUACCAAAUUUAUCUGCUGCCUAUCUCGCGGUUCGAAGUGACUCUGAGUGUCUUUUUUCCUCGCAAAUCUUUCUGCCCUAAAUCAAUCAUCCCUCCGCUCUGGGCACAAAAAUGGGGAUCCAGAGAAAUCCAUCCCACAGGGUGGCCAAGACGUCGGGAUCCAGAGACAAGUGGCUCAACACUCCCGCAAGCCAGGAGGAAUUCGCUCUCGGCCCCCUUCAUGGAUUGAAGACCCCCUACCCGUAAAUGGAGCAGCUGGGGCGGGGGCAAAAUUACAACCAGGAUCAACUGGAUCCCUGCAAGCUUGUAAAAUGGGACUGGUGCUGGCCUUUGUCCGAAAGCCCCCCCUCCGUUGGAUCCUGGAUUAUGUGGCUCUUUUUUCCAGCCAGACUUGGGUUAAGCAUGUGGAGGCCGCAGUGUGGAAAUCCUGCUUCCGAUGCUUGUUUCCCAGGUUCGAUUCUCCCGCGCUUUCCGUCUCGCUCAACGACGGACCUGCUGAUUUUUAAAAAUGGAGGAAAGAGGCACCCCCAGAGCCGAAACAAGACUUUCAGACGGCCCAGCCUGGAGGAGGAGGGAAAAAUAUACACAUUUCAGAUUCCAGCCUCAGCUUUUUCAGCAUCCUGAUAUGUGAGGUUGUGGAAGGUUUCUCCACCCACUGUGGGAUUUCUUCAUUCUCUGUCUGAAACUGGAGUUGCAGUCCGCAUGACGCCAUCGGGCUGAGCCUGGGAAUCCUAAAUGGAUUCCCACUGCAACAAAACCCACACAAUUAUCUCUUCCUUUGUGUCUUUAGCUCCAUCCAGUCGCCCUGGACCCCAAAUUAAGGGGAUUACAGGGUUGGGAAAAGGGAGUUUCUUGGUGUCUCUUGUGUUCCUUGUAAGUAGGUCAGCUCUGAAAAGAAAACCUUCAGAAGCCAAUAAACUUCUCACUUUCCACCCCCCCUUUCCACCCACCCCGGCACGAGAACAACUAGGUGUAAAAUUAAAGGUGUCCGUUUUUUUCUCCUCUUUGUUUCCUGUGUCUGCUGACCAAGCAAAAGUUAGAUUUCCAAGCAGAGCAGCUGUUUGGCUACCAACAUUUUUAAUCUUCGGGGUUUUAGGGUUGCAAUGUCCGUUAUUGCUACGACAUGUUGGCAGUGGAUGAGGGGAUCUAUAGUUUAAGUUACCUGAAAAGCAUCUCUUUUUUCCCCCCCCCCUCCAAAAAUUUAGCUGAUGGGUCGA